AUGGCCACGAAGCAAUCUGAGCAAGCUGCAGCUCAGGCGGCCGAUGAAGAACGCGCACGUUUGGAGCUCGAAUGGGCUGAAAAAGGCACAUUAUUAUCGCGAAUAAAAAGGGGAAAAGUGAAGCAGCUCAGUUUGGUGUCGAUCAAAAAUCAAAAAUAUUUAAACUAUUAUUCGAGCUAUUUUUUUAGUUUCAUGCCAAAUGCCUUGAAAUCUGUGCCUUUAUCGGAAUUAUUGGAAGUACGUGUUGGUUAUCAAACGGACAAUCUUCAGCGGGCGUCGAAAAACCCUGAAUUUCAAGAAAUGGCGCCGGAAUCGCAAUGUUUUUCGGUGAUCUUCUCCCACGUCAAAUUUCUGCACAAAUCUGUCGAUUUUGUUGCCGACUCGCGUGAGACUCGCGACAAAUGGGUGUCGGUGUUGACUCAUCUGAUAUCGGUCGCCAAACACCAACGGGUGGUAUUCAACGAGACCGCGUGGCUUUGCGACAAAUUCCAGCAAGCUGAUACUAAUAAAAAUGGAUUCCUAUCAUUCGAGGAGGUUUGGAACCUUCUGAAGCGCAUGAAUCUUCAGAUAAGCGAACGAUACGCUCGUGCGAUAUUCAGGGAGUCGGAAUUCGAGAAUUCGCGCGACAAUAAGCUUAGCGAAAAGGAGUUUCUGAAUUUUUUUGAGCGCCUCACCGAUCGGCCCGAUUUGCGAUUUGUGAUGCAGCAGGCGAGCUCGGAUAAUGUCGAGACGCUCACCGUUGGCGAACUUCACAAAUUCCUCACCGAAGAGCAAGGGUUCAAAGAUGUUGAUUUGAAAAAAGCGGAAUCGAUUCUCGACACUUUUGAGCAAACCGCACAGGAUAAACAAAAGGAGAAGCUCAUGGGAUUGAUGGGAAUGCGACGAUUGAUGCAAUCGCGAUGGGGAAAUGUGUUCAAACCGGGGCAUGAGAGCGUAUUUCAGGACAUGGAUCAACCUUUGACCCAUUACUUCAUCAAUUCCUCUCAUAAUACCUAUUUAACAGGACUUCAGCUUAAAGGAGAAGCCACUGUUGAAGGGUACAUCGCGGCGUUGAGGAAAGGAGCACGAUUAUUAGAAUUGGAUUUGUUUGACGGAGAAGAAGGCGAGCCGAUAAUUACCCAUAAACGGACAUUUAUCGAAUCGAUAACACUUAGGAACUCAUUGGAAGCGAUUAAGCGAUGCGCGUUUGAGACCAGCCCGUAUCCGGUCAUAUUGACCCUUGAGAAUCAUGUCGGACACGCUCAACAGAAAGUGAUGGCCAAAUUGUUCCAAGAAAUUCUUGGAGAUCAGCUGUAUAAGCCACCAAAGGACUCGCAUAAGAUUCCACUACCAUCGCCGAAUAAGCUCAAACGGAAGUUUUUGUUGAGAGGAAAGAAAAUCUUGACUGAAGAGAAUGAAGAGCCUGAUGAUGAUGACUCGCCGACGGAUAAAGAGAAGCACCAUCCUCAUCCAAUUGCGCCGGAACUCGGCGCUCUCAUCGCUCUUCCAUCCGUCAAACUCACAAACAAUAUUUAUCAAGAUUUGGCGAAGCACCCCUAUGAUGGGUCGCCGUCGCUCUCCGAGAACAAAGUGCACACGAUUUUCGAGUCGGCCGCCCCGAUUUUCCACUACACAGCUCAAAGGCUUGUGAAAAGCUAUCCGAAGGGUCUUCGUCAGGACUCGUCCAACAUGCAUCCAAUGCUCUCAUGGUUGUGCGGAAUUCAGAGUGUCGCGAUGAACUUCCAAACCGCCGGCGAAGAGCUCGAUCUAAACGCUGGAUUGUUUCGCGUGAACGGAAAUUGCGGCUAUGUGCUCAAACCGAUGGUGCUUCUCGAUGGGCUCGAUCCAAGAACGAUGGUGCGGCCGAAGAUGAAGCUCGGAAUCGGAUUGUUCUCGGCGCAGUAUUUGCCGAAAACUGAGCCCGGAAAAGAGAUCAUCGAUCCGUAUGUUAGUGUGCAAAUCCAUGGAAUCCCUCGAGAUGAGACGAAAGCGAAAACUCGAAUUAUAAAGGAUAACGGCUUCAAUCCGGAGUGGAGGGACAAUUUCUACUUCACACUGUGCUGUCCGGAGCUCGCCAUUCUGCGAUUCUGUGUCAAAGACUUUGAUUCGACGUCGUCCAAUGACUUCGUUGGAGAGUACUCGAUUCCGGUGCUCAGCCUUCGACAAGGAUAUUCGCAAAUUCAGCUCAACACUGGAUAUCAACAUAAUCUUGAUCCAUCCGCUUCACUUUUUGUUAGAAUCGCAAUUGACGAGAUGUAG